CCACUCACGACCCUCAAAGUUAUCGAUGACACCACCUGAAAUUGACAUGGUUAGUGUCUCUGCACGUAUGGAUGAGGGAUAUCUCUCCAUGCUGCAAUUGAUGGAGACAAAGGUAGACUACCUUCUGCCACAAGUAGAUCUGUGGCCCAACUUUGCUUUGGAGUCCCAAGGAGCAACAAUUUUACGGAAGACAAGCUCAGAUACGUAUCACACCUAUAAAGAAUUUGAAUUGUUUGGGGUAUCUAUCAAGCUACCUGCUAUAGGCCCAGAAAUCGUUAUUAAGGGAAGAUCUCAUCUCAGUCCAGGACACUGCUGGGCCUUUGCAGAUUUACCGGGACGUUUAUCCAUAGCACUGUCCCACAAAACCACCGUCACUCAUGUGUCAAUGAGUCAUAUUCCCAAGUUCGUUUCCCCGACUUCCUCAGUCUCUAGUGCUCCUCGAGAAUUUUCUGUCUAUGGAAAGGAGAACUUGCAAGAUGAGGAAACUCAUUUGGGAACUUUCUUGUAUGAUGAAGAUGGCGACCAAAUACAGACCUUCAAACUUCCUGCCGAUAAAGUUGACACAUUCCACUACGUGACUCUAAAUGUGAACAGUAACUGGGGUCAUCCGGAUUACACCUGCCUUUACAACUUUAGAGUUCACGGUGAACUUGCCAAAUGAUGAGGACAAGGAGAAAAUGGAUAAAAGAUAUCAAAGGGAAUGUAUUUUUUUCUUUUCCAUACACAUAUACACAAAGGCCCACAGGUACAACAGGAACCAAUUACUAUUAUGUUUUACAGGAGUGACAUACAUUAUUAUGGUCCCUUUAUACUGUAAUAGUAUAGAUUUUAUUCUGACGGACUGAAAUGAGGGCUGCACAAUGGCACAGUUGGCAGCACUGCUGCCUUGCAAAAACGAGGUUCAGACAUGAUAAAAGUAGUAUGCGUGGGUCUCUUUCCGGCUACACCAGUUUCCUCCCACAGACAUAAUAAAAGUAGCAUGUGUGGGUUUUCUCCGGGUACUCCGGUUUCCUCCCACAGUAAGAACAUGACUGUUAGGUUAAUUGGUCUAUCCAAAGCCUACUUACGUGUGAGUAUGUGUUGCAUGAUUGAUUGUCAUGUCUAUCUCUAAAUAGAGUAGGAUCCAUUAACACAUCUUUUUAAAUA